AUGGGGCGGUCGCCGUGCUGCGACAAGACGAGGGUGAAGCGGGGCCCGUGGUCGCAGGAGGAGGACGCCAUCCUCAGGAGCUUCGUCCAGAGGUUCGGCAAUGCCGGCAGUUGGAUCGCCCUACCGCAGAAAGCAGGGCUGAAACGAUGCGGUAAGAGCUGCCGUCUUCGCUGGCUCAACUACCUCCGCCCGGAGCUCCGACACGGCGGCUUCACCGACGAGGAAGACAACCUCAUCCUGUCCCUCUACGGCGAGCUUGGAAGCAAGUGGUCGGUGAUAGCGUCCAAGCUCCCCGGACGGACGGAUAACGACGUCAAGAACUACUGGAACACCAAGCUCAAGAAGAGGUACUUGGCGUCCACAAAAGAAGCAGGAAAGCCGCCAUCAUCACCACCAGCGGCGCCUCCUAGCGGCGAUGAUAGCGCCGCCGCCGCCGGCAGUGAUCACCAGGCCCAACAAGAUGAACCCCUUCUUCCGCUGACACCUCCAGCCCUCACUGAUCUCGAUACAGCCUUUGCCGACUCGGGUGCUGCCGUCGUCGACGACGACAUGCUCCUCUUCAAGUCCGAGCAGCUGUACGCCGAGCUCGUGGGUCUCGUCGAGAAGCAAUUGCAGACCACGACUGGACAGUCCACUGGCAGGGACGAAGCUUCGACAGCGACGCCGUUGUCCGCGUCGUUCUCGUCUGGAACAUCAAGCAGUCCGACGGUUAGCAGCUCAGGUAGCUGCACCUUGUGGCCCAUGGACGUGCAUGACACAACGCUGCUGUCCGAGUCCACCACCGGCCUGUUCGACGCUUACGGUGUUGGUGACGCGUUCGGAGAGGCGGCUCUGCCUGCGUACUCCUUCCAAGACCUGCUGGCGGCCUCGUCUUACGACGAUGUUACUGCUGCGGUGGCGCAGGAUUUGCUGUACUACCAGUAG